AUCCAUGACUCCAGCCCAAGCAGACCUGGAAUUUCUGGAGAAUGCAAAAAAGCUGUCUAUGUAUGGAGUUGACCUUCACCAAGCCAAGGACUUGGAAGGAGUGGAUAUCACUCUGGGAGUCUGUUCUAGUGGCCUUCUUGUUUACAAAGAUAAGCUGAGAAUCAACCGCUUCCCCUGGCCCAAAGUCCUGAAGAUUUCCUACAAACGCAGCAGCUUCUUCAUCAAGAUUCGGCCGGGGGAGCAAGAACAGUAUGAAAGUACAAUUGGGUUCAAGCUACCAAGUUACCGGGCAGCAAAGAAGCUGUGGAAGGUGUGUGUGGAACAUCACACGUUUUUCAGGCUCACGUCCACCGAGGCGAUCCCGAAGAGCCGCUUCCUGGCGCUGGGCUCCAAGUUCCGCUACAGCGGCCGCACGCAGGCGCAGACGAGGCAGGCGAGCGCCCUCAUCGACCGGCCGGCGCCGCGCUUCGAGCGCACGGCCAGCAAGAGGGCGUCCCGGAGCCUCGACGGAGCGAAACGUGCGACUCAAAAAGUUGAGUUCAGAGCCGUAGAGGAAGAGAAGCAGGAGGAGGUGGUGGUGGUUGAGGUUCCCGAACCAAAACCCGUGGAUGAGUCCCGAGAGAAGCCAGGUAUAGCUGUGGUGGCUAUGACUCUCUGCAGCGCAUUGCCUAUCCUUUCCCCACUGAGAGCCUUUACAUGCUUGUUCUUGACACCUCUGAAAAGUUUCACCAAACCUGGCAGCUUCCUUUCUUUUGUUUCUUUGCGAGGAGAGUUUCAUGCUCGGAGGACACACGGGCCGGGAGAGACAGAGACCAAAUUUCUGCAUUGCCCCUCACUAGACUCCAAACACGCUCUAGAAAGCUUUGAAAUGAAACCCAUUGCAGAGGAGGAAGAGGACGAGGAGAAGGGACAACCGCAGCGGCGCCUGACGUUGGGGUGGCUGUGGUCCUGCCGCCUGUUGCUGUGCCCCCGCGCCGGGCUGACGUGCUCCAAACGUGCUCUUGGCAAAGUUGAGAUAAGCCCCCUGGAAGACAAGGAGGCAGCAGAAGACAAACUGAUGGUGAUGAGAGGAGCGGAAGCGGUCCAGAAGGAGCCAGAUACUUUAUUCCGCACCAGUUUUAUACAUGUGAAUGAGAUGCAGGUGAGGAAAACGCACACUGAGGUCACCGUACCCACCGCGGAUGGUGACCGGCCCCAGAAAAGAUCAAAGAGGCUAGAUGGUGAAAACAUUUAUAUCAGGCAUAGCAAUUUAAUGUUGGAGGAUCUGGACAAGCCGCAGGAGGAGAUCAAGAAGCACCACGCCAACAUCAGCGAGCUCAAGAAGAACUUCAUGGAGUCCGUCCCCGAGCCGCGGCCGAGCGAAUGGGACAAGCGCUUGUCCGCCCACUCGCCCUUCCGCACCCUCAACGGGCAGAUUCCCAGCGGAGUGGACGGAGUCAAGACAGUCACUGUCCUAUCUUCUGAGAGACAGGUUGGUGGGCUAGAGCCGCCGCUGGUGAAGACCCAGACUGUCACCAUCUCGGACGUGCCCAACGCUGUGAAAAGCGAAAUCCCCACGAAGGAAGUCCCCAUCGUUCACACGGAGACCAAGACCAUCACCUACGAGGCUGCUCAGACGGAUGGUGGCAACGGAGACCUGGACCCCGGCAUCCUGCUGACGGCUCAGACCAUCACCUCCGAAACCACGAGCAGCACCACGACCACGCAGAUCACCAAGACUGUGAAAGGAGGCAUUUCGGAGACGCGGAUUGAGAAGCGGAUUGUCAUCACGGGGGAUGCGGAUGUCGACCACGACCAGGUCCUCGCACAGGCCAUCAAGGCAGCCAAGGAGCAGCAUCCGGACAUGUCGGUGACCAAGGUGGUCGUGCACCAGGAGACGGAGAUCGCCGAGGAGUAGCCGGGCUGCGACAUGUUCCUUCCAGACAGAGCACGGCGGGGAAAGAAACCCAGCAAACCUACAAGAAACUACCUGGAGCACAAAG